CCGUUGAGGAACUGCGCGUGCACUUGGAGAAGGAGGCCUUGACCUGUCAGGUUCUCGAAGGCAUUGGAAAAACGACGUAGUGGGGGAAAGGGAGAGAUGGGGACCCCGCGAAGAGGGAAGAAAGCCACACAGAAGCCAGCCAAGGCGGGAAGGAACAAAGGUGAAGGAGGGGUGAUUGAUCCAGCGGCAGGUGGUAAGGCGUCCCGCCCGCUUGCCCGACUGUUUGCCGCGCAAUUAUCUCCCGCGCAAUUAUCUCCCACGCAUUUAUCUGGAAGCAGCAGGGAGAGCGCGGACGUGCAGCCAGCGGAGCAAGAUCAUGUCUUGCAGAGUUCAGCCCGCGCAUUUAACUCAGCAGACAUCGGCCAUGUCAGGAACUAUAACGGGGUCGGGGAAGGGAAGCGCGAUCGGGACGGUGAUGACGAAGAUGUAGAUCUUGUUGUGGGGGAGAAGAAGUGGGCGGCAGGCGAGAAGGCGGGGGUGAAGGAGGAAGAAGAAGAGAAUCUGGCAACCCUAAUUCGAAUCCGGCAGAUUAGAGAUGGUGGCAUGGGGGAGAAGGGGGCAGGUGAAGGAGGAGAGGAGGGGCGUCGUCCGCUCGCCUCCGCGGGCGAGGGGUCAUUGGCGUCGGAACGACCUUGCGCGGGACUGGAAUGUGAAGAUGGGGAAGAGGAGGAGGGAGAAAGAGGACCUUGUGCGGGUAGUGCUUUACCUCCACAAGAGGCCAGGACUGUGGUUGGGGUGGGAGAGAAGUUAGCGAUGGCGGUCGUGGGUGGAGAUCGUGAAGAGACCGUUGCCGCUGGCGAUCACGGAGAUUGCUAUGCUUCGCCGGGGAAAGUGGGCGACAAUCCGACGGCCAGGAUUGCGUCGAUAUUCUUGCCCCCAUCUGAACGACGGAGACAGCAAGAGAUGGUUGCCGAGGACCACGUGGGAAAAGUGGGGAAUGGGAAGAUGGGUCGGGGGAGGGAGAGAAAAGGGAGGGGAAAACGAGUCGCUGCUGCAGGCGGGGAUAAUGCCGGCAAGGCAGGGCUUUCGUCGGAGAAGCCGGCGAUGGUGGGGAAGGCUGCUGGCCAGAACUGUGAGAGGAAGGAGGCGGAAAUGAUGGAGGAUGCAGAUUUCAAGGUGUGGGUGGGAUCGUCAACGGCUAGUAAUUUGAAUUUGAAUGGCAGGUUGGGCAAGAAACGAAGGAUGGUGGAUGGGAAGCUCACUAAGAAGCUCACUAAGAAGCUCACGAAGACGACGACCGCGGCAAAGGCAGAGGAUGAGCAAGAGGAAGAGGAAGAGCAAGAGGAAGAGGAAGAGGAGGAAGAGGAAGAGGCGGCGCAAAGAACGACGACAACAUCAACAUGUCAAUUGAACAAGGAGAAGGCGAAGAAGAGGAGGAGGGUUGGUGAUAAGAAGCCGACUCCCAAGCCAUCAACCCCGCCUCCAACGACGAGAAGCAGCAAGAAAUCGGCGGCGACUACGACUGCUAGUACUAUCACUUGUACAACGAUGGCGACGACGACGAUGACGACAACAGAUGCAGGUGCGGGCGAUGGUGGGGAGGUUUUGAAGAUGGCCAGCUUCUUUACCACCGACGACACAGAUGACGUCUUGAAAAUGGAUAGUGAAUUAAUCCAUCUUAGGAACAUAAUGGAGAUGAGAGAAUCGGCAAGGAGAGCUGCUGAGGAGAACGCUCGACUCAGCGCGGGGAAGCAAACCCACCCUUUCUUCCUUAAUCGCCGGACCAACGCUACCAACGCUGCCGCCAUGGCUGCCAACAACAACAACAACAACAACAACAACAACAACAACAACAACAACAACAACAGCAGCAACAACAACAACACCAACAACAACAGCUCAGCUAACGCCAGCAUGACCACCUUAAGUAGCAGCACGCCCACCGUCAGCAUGAACAAUAGAGGCAGCGGAGGCGUCAAUCCUUCCUCAUUGCAAGUGAUGACAGUCGGGAUCGGGAUCGACGAUGCAUCCUCGUCUGGGGAGGGAUUCGGCGGGUGCAAAAAGCCUGUAUCGGAAUUGGUGGGAACCCUCCUGGGACCUUCUUCGGCCGGGGGGGGGGGAGGCAAAUCUAUGGCGUCCACGUUGGCGAUGAUGGGCUGUGGGGGAUAUGGAUCCCGACCUUCCGUCCCGGCCUUAACGCCUCUCCAGCCUGUGCAUAUCACACAGAGGGAGGAGAGGGAGGAGUGUUGGCCAGAGUGGGGAAAAGUAGGGCUUCUGUCGAAGUUCUGUAUGGCGAAAUCGCGUCCUUCAGGGUCUUCUUCGACAUCGAAAGGAUCGGGGACCAGCGGGGUAAUUAAUGUAGAGAAUGCGGGGGAACAGAACAGUGACGAUCUAAGGAGUGGUGGUGGGGAUGGUGUGAAGAGAGAGGGUGGAGAUGACGGAGAACGUCAGAAAGGGAGUGAAUGUGAUGGUGGUGGCGGUGGGGGUGGGGGUGGGGGUAGUUCCUCGCAGAGUAUGCGCAUGUGCAUGUCAAACCCCUUCUCCUCCUCCUGGUCUUCUCUAUAUACCUGCUCCCCUUCCUCCCCCUCGCUCUUGCGUGUAUCUGGAUGUUCACCGCGGCGACUUGUGGAGGUGAAGGGGGAAGCGAACGGCGAGUUGGACCAGCGAUGCCGAUCGAUCAGCAAGAAGACCGUCGAUAACGAUUUGUCUUCACCCCGCCAGCGUCAGCUUAAAGAUGCUGAAGUGGAAAGAAGUUGGGAAUGUCCUGAAAGAGUCAAGACCUCGCGCGUCGGGAUGGGUAAUCUAGUCGAGGAGGUCGACAAUGAACGCAUGGAGAGUUUCUCUUCUCGAGAAACGAGGCAAGUAGGGAGAGGAGGAGGAGGAGGAGGAGGAGGAGGAGGAGAGAAUAGUGCGCAGAUGGUAGCUGGUCGUCCUGUUGUGUUGCCGGCCCACCAGCUGAUGAUGAAACGGAAGAGUAACAAGCAGCAGCCUGCUAAGGGGAGGCCAUCGUUCUUGUCCCCCAAGGAGGAGAGUGAAGGUAAGGAGGAGGGUGGUGUUGGUGAUGACAGUAGUAGUAAGGAGAGCCAGGCUAGGCACGAGAUGCUGCUCCGUCUCCUUAACUAUCUGAAGGAAAGGAGGAAGAGCUGGAGUAGAGAAGAGUCGAGGGAUUUGGAAGGAGAGAAUGGGAGAGGAGAGAAACGGGUAGGAGGAGGAGGAGGAGGGGGAGGAGGAGGAGCUAUCAACUCGGAGGAAAAGCCGGGUAGGGCGUGUGUAGAUCGCCGUGAUACUGAUAGCGUUGGCGGAGAGCUGUCAGUGUCUCUAAAUGCGCUGGAAAAGCGGCUGAGCUGGUACCUCCAACGCUCGAGAGAGGCGGCGGCCUCCGCAGCCGCCGCCUCCGCCGCCUCCUCCCUGGGCUUGAUCCCAGGGUCGGCAUCUGCUGGUGUGCCCGGUGUUGACGUCAACGAGAAUAACCUGUCAGUCGGCAGCAGCAGCACGGGGAGUAGCGAUGGCGGCGGCGACGGCGGCGGCGUGGAUCAUCGUCCAAUCAAGGAUGCCCUGUGGAGCGACAUUUACAGGCCAAUGUGUGCUGAUGAGGUGUGCGGCAACGCCAAGUCCAUUGCAUUCUUGCACACGUGGCUUUCUUCUUGGCGGGAAAAGAUCAUCAACGGACAAAUUUCCCGCCAGGGUAAUCUGAUCCGGAAGGGCAGUGGAGGAACUCGAACAGAUGGACGAGUUGCGCGGGAAAGCGGAGAGGAUAGAGCGGGGGGAGGAGUAGUAGGAGCAGGAGGAGGAGGAGGAGGAGGGAGGGUUAGGGGAGGUGGAGGUGGAGGUGGGACAGGCGGCUGUGGGAACGCUAGUGCAUCAUCCUUAACGACAACUAUGAUUACGAAAUUCUUCUUCGGCCAGGACAACAAGAAGGAGAAGGACAGAGGACCACCUACUCGGCUGGGGGGUCAUGAUCGGGAUCGCGGCUGGUUCCAAGGCGACGACGAUGACGGAUGGGACGGUUGUGAGGAGGAGGAUGACAGUGACGACGAUCGUCUUCAUAAUGCGUUGCUGUUGACAGGGCCUGUUGGCUGUGGGAAGACUGCAGCCGUCUGUGCCUGUGCUAAUGAACUAGGUUUCUCUAUAAUCGAAGUAAAUGCGUCAGAUAGACGGAACGGAGGACUCAUCUUACAGAAAUUCGGUGAAGCGCUCGAAUCCCACGCUCUGCAGCAGAAGAAUCGCCACCAACGUCAGCAGAAUGACCCCCUCUGGUGCGAAAGUGGCGGUGGGGGUGAUCGGUCUUUGGAUGGGAAGAGUCCUCCUGUCGGAUCUUCCCCGGAUCGUCUGGACGUACCUUGCGGAACAGCAACGACUACGCAGACUAAGAAGGAGGAGACGAAAAGGGGGAGGAAAAAGAAGGUCACGGCCCUGGAUAGGGUGCAAACCCCUUUGGACGCAGGCGAGGAGGGGAAUGCGGCAGCUGUGUCGAGUCCGAAGAAAGGAGAGGGAGGAGGAAGAGGAAGAGGAAGAGGUAGGGGAGAAGGCCGUGGAAGGGGAGGAGGAGGAGGAGUAGGAGGAGGACGAGGGGUUGGAAGGGGAAGAGGGAGAGGAAGACAAGCUGCUGCUGCGCUGUCGGAAACGAAAAGGAGGAUGGAUUCUGGAGAGGAACACAGCGGUGACGAUAAUAAUGAUGACGACAACAAUGGGAGCGGGGUUGGCAGCGUCCGUGCUUGUCCAGAUGGAGAUAAGUUGGACAACCAUCAUCAGCCUCAGCUUCAGCAGCGGGAAAUGAGCCUGAUCCUGUUUGAAGACGUGGAUGCAGUGUUUGAAGAGGAUAAGGGGUUCUUAGCGGCCUUGAGCAGCCUCGCAGCAGGAGCUAAACGCCCCAUCGUGAUGAUAAGCAAUGAUGGCGACCCGGAGAUCGUGCCAGGUCUCAGGAAACUCACUCUAUCAUUUGAGAAACCAGCUGUUGAAGAGCUGCUGCUUCAUUCUUUCAUGGUCUGCCAAGCGGAAUGCCGUCCGGCUUAUCCAGAGGUCGUCGAGCGACUAGUGAAAGCCUGCGAUUGCGAUAUCCGACGCGUUCUGCUGACGCUGCAGUUCUGGUGUCAGCGCACUACUGUGCAGCAGCAGCACUCUCUAAUCUAUGAGGAGGAAGGGAAAAACGAAGAAGACGACGACAAAGACGAAGGUGGCCUAGAAGGGAAAGUGGGACAUGGAUCGGUUGGCAGAAGACGGAGCGAGGAAGACGGGGAGCAAGGGAACGAGAACGAGGCCGUGGGUGGGGAGAGAGAGGAGAAUAGGAAGAGAGCGAGAGGAGAGGGAGAGGGGGUGGGGGAGGGGGAGGGGGGGGGGUCUGGAAGGAAACGCAAGGUGACUAGAUGCGAUCGAAAGGUAGGCGAAACGGGGAGAGAGACAAGGAGUAGGAGGAGAGGGAGCAUGAGAGAAGUGGAAGGUGGUGACCGACAUGGCGGGAAGGAGAGGGAGGAGAGGGAGGAGAGAGGGGAGAAGGAGAAGAUGGAGGAGGGGCAGAAAGAGCAGCAGCUGGAACAGGACGAGCAGAAGGCGGGACAAGCUUGCUCGGUACCACUGCAGGGAGGGCAGGAAACUGGGAACGACCUUCUGGGUGAACGCCAGCUGACGAGUCUGACGGGAGAACGACGAAGGGGAGGAGAAGAAACUGCAAUGCGGGAUGGUUACGGUGUUGAUCAGGUCAAUGGAGGGGUGGAUGGUGCUCGUCCAUUGCCCCCAGUAGAGGAGGCGGAGGGUGGAAAGGACCCGGAAGAAUCCGAAUGCCAGACAGCUGAAGAGCAUGGGACGUUGAUGAGAUUGCUCUGCGAUGACGUUGUGCAUCGAGUGAUGCCUGUCUUGUUGGAUGUGGCGAUGCCUUGCCAGCUGGCGAUGGCUGUCAAGGAGAGGGUUAUGCAAGAAGCAACAAGGAUCGAAGAGGAGGAUGCUGACAAGGCUGCGCAGGCCGCAGUGGAGGCUGCCUUCGCUAUGCAGAUGGAGAUGGACGCUGCGGCGAGAGCGCGAAAGGCCGUGAGAGAUGCAAGAUUGUCGGCAAAGAGAAGUGCUGUGUGUGAAGAGGAAGAUCCCCCGCCUGGGCCAGAUACUAACCUUCCUUGUGAUGACGGUGAAGAUUGGGGAAGAGUAGAAGGAGGAGGAGGAGGAGGAGGAGGAGGGGGCGGGAGUAAGAAAUCACGACCUAAGAAACGGAAAUUUGUGGUGGAGGAGGAUGACGAUGGUGAAGGUAUUGACGAAAUCGAGGAGCCCGUUUUCACGACGUCGGAAGAGGAUUUUCAAGAUUGUGAGAGAGGAGGAGUGAGUGAGGGGGUGAGGGAGGAGAGGAGAUGUCCGAUCGCACAGGAAGAACUGCAGCAGGAUCAGCAGCAGGAACAGCAGCAACGAGUAUCACGAAGUCGAGAAGCAUGUCUUGUCCCCGAAGAGGGAAGAAAGAAGAAGAUGAGGAGGCUGAGUGUUGGCGGAGCAAAGGGGAGUGUGGGCAUGGAAGCAUCGACUAUGGCAAUGCAAGGGGACAGAGAGAGCAUUGCCACCGAGGGAGAAGAAUGCAUGGUUUCAGCCGCGAGGGAAAUGAACUUGUUGCCUGCAGGAUUGAAGAUGGGAACUACCUGCGAAGGAGAGGAAGGAGCACCAGAGAGCGUUAAUGACGACUUUGCAGUGAAAGAAGGAGACGAUAGACCAGCCUUGGGAGUCGAGGCGGGGGUCACGUCUAUUGCCCGGGCGCUGAGGGGAGAGGAGGUAGGAGAAGUUGGGGGCAAGGUUGGGGAAGAAGCGGGAGAAGGAGCACGAGGAAGAGGAGGGAGGGAGGGGAACUGGCAGGACGACGUCGUGACGAAUCUGGUAGUAGAAGAAGAGGAGAGGAGAGGAGGUGAUACGAGUUGCAGCCCAUGCGAAAACGGGCCUAUGGAGGGAGAAAAACGAGAUGGUGCGAAGGGGAUGACAGUAGAUGGGAGAGAGAGAUUGCGAGGCGCAGAAGUGGAGAAUGGGGGGUCAGGUUCUGCAGGGCUUGCAGGUGCUCGGCAUCCCUAUCCUGAAGGAUGUGCUUCUGAAAGGUGCAACAGUGCAGAUCAUUUGGCUAACGACAUAAUCAAUGAUCGAUCUACGACGAAGGAGGGGUUCGCUGCAAAGGAACUCUCUAAUGGGAAGGGUAUGAUGGUUGAUGAUGGAUGUGGGAGCACAACUGGGAAGGGCGAUCUCUCGGAGCUUGCAGCGAGGACCCAGGCGGGUGGGGUGGUGAAGAGGAGAAGACAGAAGGAAAACGGAGGCAGAGAUGGGCUGGAUGAUGGGCAGGAGGCCAAUAACGUGGAAGGAGACGGUCAGGAACAGGAGGAAAGAAAGGAUGGUGAUGGGGGUGGUGAAAAUGAGGUGAGCAAUAAGGAAGAAACAAAGACAGAGAGGAAGGAGGAGGAGGAGGAGGAGGAGGAGGAGGAGGAGCGGAACAUAACAGGAGAAGGCAACAGUAGCGUGGAUGUUGCAAACAAAGAAAUGUGCAAGAGCGGUUUUCCUGCAUCAUCAAAGGAUGAUGAUGCUUCUGUCAAAGCGAAAGAGCAGAGUCCAACAAUGGAGGUGAAAUUUGUUGACGUCAACCUAAACAGUGACGGAUUUGGCAACGCCUUGCGAAUGAGGAGAGGAGAGGAAGCGUCGGCAUGCACGCCUGUAGCAGCUGAUGAGGCUAGACCGGUGGGUGACAGUCAAUUGGAGACUAUGUGUGCAGGGCAGAAUGACUGCGACUCAUGCUUCGAGAGGAGCUUUUCCGAAGGGCGGGGUGGGAAAGGAAGAGGAGCCCCGGGUGCAGAGCAGGUAGUGGAAGUGGUGAAUGGGGAUGUGCUUUGCAUGGGGAUAGAGGGGUUGUGUUCUGAGCGAUCGAGCGGCUGCUGCCUGUCUGUCUCAUGCUGCAAGGAUGCAGAGGUGGACGGUAGAAGAGGUUCGGUGGAUGAGAAUGAGAUAGUGGCGAUAGAGGGUCCGACCGAGAGACCUUGCCAUUGUAAUCUUGUAGGUAGUGAGAUAGAAAUCACAUGGGAGGAUGGCAGAGUGAAAGAGGGAGAGAAAUUUUGCAAUAGCGAAGAAAGUAAAGGGCAGUCGGUGGAGGAUGACAACCAGGCGGCGGUGGAGCUUGUCUGUGGAAAGGAGGGAGUAGGGCAAGUCACCGUGAGGGUUCCCCUAGAAGAAGGGAAGGUUGAAGAUCAUCAGGUUCAUCAGAUGACUGAGCUGAACCAGACCCCUCCCAGACCUCCGGCAGAAACAUGUGCUGUUGAUGCGAUGGAAGUAGCACACGGUACCCUCCAGGACGGGGACAGUCCCGACGGUACCCUCCAGGAGGUGGACAAUGCUGACGCUACCCUCCAGAAGGGGGUCAGUCCCGACAGUACCCUCCAGGAGGGGGACAAUCCCGGCUGCUUACUGUCAUCAGGAUGGAAGGUAGAGGACGACAAUAGAGGAGUCGCCAUACAGAGAGCAGGUGCGAUGAGGGAGAUGGAAUCCGACUCUGCAGGAGCGAGGCAGCAGCACGAGGAGAAGAUUUGCGCCAGGAACAACAGCGAGGGGGAACCACUUUGCCCCGACGAUGAGGAGAGGAAAGGGAUAGUAGUAGGGAGCCUGGGGUGUGACUGGAAGCGGUUUGUAACCGAUACCAGCUUGAUGGCGUUGAAUGUAACGCAGGUCGUUGCUGAUCUUGCAGAGAAUGUGUCAGCUUCUGAUCUUCUCUGUGUCUUGCACGGCUCGUCAUUGACCGCGGACGAGGACAUGCUGCUUCUGAGUGGGAGGGUUUCAUGGGGGAGUAGUAGUGUAUUCACAGAUGGCAGGGACGUUAGCGAUGGUGAUGUCGAGGCAGCUGCAGCUGCAGCAGCCGAUCUCACGUUGAGCAGCUUGAGAGCUUGCCUUCGGAGGUUCGAUGGGUGGGGAGUUGGGGAGAGUGUGUUCAGACGAGGGUCAAGUGUGAAUACCCCAUUUUCCCCAGGGCAGGAGGUGCAGCAGAGUUCUAGUGAUAGGGAGAUGGUAGCCGCGAGUGCACAGGGAGAGACGGCAGCGGUGACUGAUGCCCAGGCCAGCCAAGUGAAUGCUUCCUCAAGGAGGGAGGUAUCUGUAGUGGUGAACGGGGAAGAGCUGCUUGCGGCUGCUGGCGAGGAGGCUGCACUUUGCUGCUGUUUGCUGGCCGAAGACAGCGAUCCUGCAAGCAAGCCUGGAGGUCGAACGGAUUGGAGGGCAUUGAGGGUCGAACGGACUCUAAGUGAGCGACGGAUUGAGAGAGAGGGCGUGCGGGAUCUGUUACAGAGGAGUUUAGAUUGUAUCGUGCCUCCGCGACUGAGGCUAGCAACCUCUACCACGGAAGCGAUGGAGCAGUAUGCUCCCUUCCUCUGCCGAAUGGCUCGUAUUCAAGAGGCUAGGAAGCUGAGCGGUUCCGGCAGAAGGCGGAGGGAACGCUGCUGCUUCGACAACUUUGUACCGCAGGGUAGCCGGUUUCCAGAGGAGCUACUUGCAGGGCUCUUUCAGAGUGGAGCUUACGGGAGUGCCAAAAUGGGAAGAAGCAGCAGCGUGGUCUGUCCGGAAAUGCUGCCAUAACGUCUGAGGAGGGGCAUUCUUUUCUUUUAGGGGGGGACCAGAAUUUUCCGUUCUGCGCCUGCCUGCCUGCCUGCCUGCCUGCCUGCCUGCUCGCCUGCAUGAGGGGCUUCUUUGUCCUUUCCUUUACUCAGGAGGGAUACUCGGAAGACAGGCCCUGUCCGUGUGGUGAGUACGCGUAGUGUUUUUGUUUCAUUAUCGAGUUUUGUACCAAAUUCUAUAAAGCCAUUGACAAGA